CUAUUGGCUGCCAUGAGGAGGACUUAGUCGAGGCCGUCGACAGACGAGAUGGGGCAGAGGAUGUGUGAUGAUAUACGUUUAUAUUAACAUAUAUACGCUUCUCAAUUAUCAUUUGUCAUAUGUAUGUACCUUCUUGUGUUUGCAACGAAAAAGCGGACUAAUUUCCUGAAAAUAUCAAUGAAAAUACCCCAUAACCCAAUCUCCUCUACAUAGAAGCUGUGACUGUGUUACAAACAGUGAUGGAAUCCCCUGUAGAGGGAACCAUGCUGGAGCAGGAAGUGGUAGAAGAGCUGGGAAUCUCUAUGGAAGAGCUGCGCAAAUGGAUUGACGAAGAAGUGGAAAAAUGCGAGUACUUCAAAGAAAAAAAAGCACAGUUAACGGAGCUAGAAAACUGGGUUGUACAGAAGGAGGCAGAAGCAGCCACUGUUGAGAAACUUUUUGGAGAUGCCUCACAGUCUGUUAUAGACUGUGAAUCUUUAAUCAAGGACCUCUAUAAGAAGAUGGGAUUAAAUUAUAGGGAGAGCAGCUCGGAAGAUGAGAGUCCAGCAGUAAAAAUGAAGCCUUCAGAAAUAAUUGAGAUUGAUGAUGACGAUGAUGACGACGAUGAUGAUGUUGUUGCAGUCGAGUGUGUCACACCUGCUACUAAACCACCUCCGACAACCACAACAAAAAUUGCUACAAAGGAUUCAUCACUGUUUAAAGAUACUGUGGCUGCUUUAAAAAAAUCUGCCCAGGAUGUGCAAAAACUUGUUGAUGCUACUACCAAAAAAACCCCAGAACCUCCUUCUACCUCCCUGCUGAGGGGAACAACAACAAACAGAGGUGGCUCAACAACUGUGACUCCCUCAACUCCAACAACAGUUGUAGUGUCUCGUGGACCUCCAAUGCAACAGCCAGAUAAGAACUCUAACCCAGAAGGAGAGUUGGUACUCGGCAUGAGAAUUUUGGGCAAGAAGAGAACAAAGACAUGGCAUAAAGGAACACUAAUUGCAAUCAAUCCUGUCAAUACUGGAAGCUUCAAAUAUAAAGUGAAAUUUGACAACAAGGGAAAAAGUUUGCUUUCUGGAAAUCACGUGGCUUUUGAUUACCACCCUACGUUGGACAAGCUGCAUGUGGGUGCCCGUGUUGUGGCCAAGUAUAAAGAUGGGAACCAAGUAUGGCUGUAUGCUGGUGUUGUUGCUGAAAUGCCCAACAGCAAGAACAGAAUGAGGUUUCUUAUUUUUUUUGAUGAUGGAUAUGCUUCAUAUGUUAGUCUUCCGGAACUAUACCCUAUCUGCAGACCAUUGAAGAAGACUUGGGAAGACAUUGAAGACGCCUCCUGUCGUGACUUUAUCGAAGAAUACAUUACUGCUUAUCCAAACCGUCCAAUGGUACUCCUGAAAGCUGGCCAGUUAAUCAAGACAGAGUGGGAAGGUACCUGGUGGAAAUCCCGUGUGGAAGAAGUUGAUGGCAGCCUAGUGAAAAUUCUCUUCCUGGAUGCUGGUGCUCUGUUCCAGGAUGAUAAGAGGUGUGAAUGGAUCUAUCGUGGUUCUACACGUCUAGAGCCCAUGUUCAACCUGAAGAUGAACACAGCUAACUUUCAGGAGAAGAAACAAGCAGGAUUGCAACGUACAAGACCUAAUAUGGGUGCCGUAAGGACCAAAGGUCCUGUUGUGCAGUAUACCCAAGAACCAAGCAGUACCACUACCAGCACCCUGGCAAAACCAACGUCUACAUCAACUCAAGCACAAGGGUCAGCAGCUGCAUCAGUCUCAACCACAACAACUUCACAAGUUCAGAAAAUCCUUCCUAAGACGGAUUCUCCACAGCCUCAGCAGACAAGAACAGAUAGCCCUGACAGUCAGGUGUCAUCACAGAGCCGCAACAAGCAGCAGGUAGCAAAGAAAAGUACCUCCUCCAUUCCUCAACGGACAUCCCCUUCAUCAUCAACAACUGUACCUGUAGAAAAUCAAACAGUUACUCGGACACUUAUUCCAACUUCGCAUCCUAGGUAUUUCUUACUGCAAACAACAGGUCCCAUACAACAGGCUAUACCCCUGCAGCAGCCAUUACAACAGCCUGCACAGCAUCUUCAAAAUCCUCAGUCAACAGUAGUACAGCAACAGUCCCAGAUAACAGUCCAAUCAACAUCUCAAGUUUACCAUUCCAUGAGUGAUCGUAUUCCUUUAGAACCAUCUUACCAGGCUCCUACAGAGAAGCUGUUCUAUGUACCACACCAGUGCAGCCCAGCUUGUCUUGACCGCCUACGACCCCGAAAGCUGGACCAAUACAGAAGCCGGAACCCACUACUUAUUCCAUUGUUGUAUGACUUCCGACGUAUGACGGGACGCCGACGAGUCAACCGCAAAAUGUCAUUCCAUGUUAUCUACAAAGCACCUUGUGGGCUGAGCCUUCGCAGCAUGCAUGAGAUUGAGCGUUAUAUAUUUGAGGCCCGAUGUGAUUUUGUUUACUUGGAGAUGUUCUGCUUAGAUCCUUAUGUUUUGGUGGAUCGACGCUUUCAGCCUCAAAAACCAUUUUAUUUCAUUCGGGAUAUUACAUAUGGAAAAGAAGAUGUCCCUCUUUCUUGUGUUAAUGAAAUAGACAUGACACCACCUCCCAGUGUUGCCUACAGUAAAGAACGUAUACCUGGUAAGGGAGUUUACAUAAACACCAAUGCAGAUUUUUUGGUGGGAUGUGACUGCACUGAUGGAUGCAGAGAUAGGUCUAAGUGUGCUUGCCACCAACUGACUUUACUGGCAACAGCUUGUACACCAGGAGGACAGAUAAAUGCACAUGCCGGAUACCAAAAUAAAAGACUUGAAGAGUGUCUUCCUACCGGGGUAUAUGAAUGCAAUAAACGCUGCAAGUGUAACCAUCAGAUGUGUACCAACCGCCUGGUACAACAUGGUUUGCAAGUGAGACUUCAGCUUUUUAAGACACAAAAUAAGGGUUGGGGUAUUCGUUGUUUGGACGAUAUUGCCAAAGGUUCCUUUGUCUGCAUUUAUGCAGGUAAAAUAUUAACAGAUGAUUUUGCAGACAAGGAAGGCUUGGAAAUGGGUGAUGAAUAUUUUGCCAAUCUUGACUACAUUGAGAGUGUAGAGAAUUUCAAAGAGGGAUAUGAAAGUGAUGCCAAGUGUUCCUCUGAUGGCAGUGGUGUAGACAUUAAAGGUGGAAGCAAUGCAGGUGAUGGGGGUGCAGAUGAUGGAGAUGGACAAGGUGAAGAAAAUAGCAGCUCAGAGGAAAAUGAAGAAGAAGAUUCGAAUGAAGAUGAUGAUGAUGAUAGUUCAGAUGACAAUUUUUGUAAAGACGAGUACCUUAGUGCCAGUUCAGUUUGGCGCAGUUAUGCUACGCGAAGGCAAACUCGUGGAAUGAAGGAAGGGGGUGGUGCUUCCCAAGAUAACAAAGAGAGUCUGUCAAGACAGACUAGUCAAGAUGACAGCAAGCCACCUAUAUCAGAAGAGACUGGAAAGAAUAAGGUGGCAUCCUGGCUGAGCUCCAACAGCAUUGAUUGUUCUUCUGUUGAUUCUGAUAGUCGUUCUUCGUUUAAAAUGGGAGAUGCAAAGAAGGAGCUAGGUGCAGAAAAAACUUCCUCUUUGUCAUCUUCCAAAAUCAAGCAAGAAGGCCCCGAGAUCGAUGUUAAGCAGUUCAAAAAGGAACUUAAGAUAGAUAAGGAUUCUGAUGAGCAGAAGUCCACAUCGGUGUAUGAAAGUCCUCGAGCCUCCACAAAGGGCGAGGGUAUUCGCCGCCCACUCACAAAGCCAAACUUUUUUCAAAACCGCAGGAACUCUGGAGCACAGCAAAGCGCUGAUGAUGUAAUGACACUUUCUAGCUCUGAUAGCGAAGGAGGAAGGAAAAGAAGAAGCAGUGCAGCUCAAAACACAGGCAAUGAUAGUGAUGAUAUCCAGACGAUAUCGUCUGGGUCUGAAGAGGAGGACAAGAAGGAGAACAAUGGAGUAGCCGAUAGUACAGGGCCAGUUAAGCGCCAGGUAGCUGUGAAAUCAACCCGUGGCUUUGCUCUCAAGUCUACACAUGGGAUUGCAAUCAAAACAAGCAAUAUGGUUUCUUCAGACAAAGGAGAUGGAGCUACUGCAUGGAAAAAUACUAGGCAGUUUUAUGACGGCGAAGAAUCCUGCUACAUCAUCGAUGCCAAACUUGAAGGCAAUCUUGGCCGCUACCUCAAUCAUAGCUGCAGCCCCAAUCUUUUUGUCCAGAAUGUCUUUGUGGACACUCAUGAUCUGAGAUUUCCUUGGGUUGCAUUCUUUGCUAGCAAGAGGAUCCGUGCUGGGACUGAGUUAACCUGGGACUAUAACUACGAGGUGGGUAGCGUGGAGGGGAAGGAGCUGCUGUGCUGCUGCGGCUCCACUGAGUGCCGGGGACGUCUUCUGUGAGCGUCUCCUCGUCCUCUGUGGCCUCACUCUGCGCACAGUCAAGCACCCCGCUGGCAUUCUGAAAAACUGUGACAGGGAUGCACGUGUUGGUUCAAGCAUCCUCCCCUUUAAAAUUAAUCUUCUCCCACGUGUAAGCAACUGCAUCAAGCUUGACAGUAUGUUUUGCUUACUCUGGGUUUUAUUUUUUAUACAAUUAAAAUGUCUCUCUAUAUAUAAAUGUGUACACCAUUACAAGUGUCAUCUCUGUGGUCAUUGUAAGGUGUACAUUUCUGUGUUAUGAAGGUGGCUGCUCACACAUUUCUUCCUCUUAGUAGUGUUUUGUCCUUCACUAGAAGACCACUGUUCUUUGUAAAAAUAAAAGAGAAUUUUGAUACCAUUCAUUUUUUUUGAAAUUCCACACAAGCAACUAAUUGUAUUACACCAGGAUCAUAAAUGAGGUUUAAUUUGCAAUGAACAACUCAGAAAUACAAAGUUAUCAGCAGUGGUUGAUUUCUUCUCCCGUCUCAUGCGAGGUUUGGCCAGCUGUCAGAUGUGCUACCGAGUGUCCUAAACGCACACACGGGGGCACAGAGGGGACACCUCGACUUAACAAUAAAAAGGCCCAGUGGUGGUGUGCAGAAGACCCUCUGGAUAGUGGCUAGCUUUGCAGGUGCAAGCUGUCUGAAAUAACCUUGUAGAACAAAUGGGGGUCUCUGCUGGUCUUUCAUAUCCCUUUGUCGUUUUAUUUGGUUCAAUGGUGACAAAUAAAAAUGGCCACACUGAUCUGUUCAAUACACAUUCAGUGAAACAGCAAACCCAACCUGUAGUUUUCUCAAAUAAUAAUUCAAAUGUUAAAGAAAAAAAGAAAAGCUUUUUUAUUGCCAUUUGUUACUACUUUUUUUUUUUUGGGGAAAAUAUUUUUGUAACAAAGUGCACUUAUCGGGGGCUGCAUUGCAGAAAGCUCAAGACGUGUUACUACAGUGGUAAGAGUGAACAUGGAAACUGGGAGUGUGCGAGAAUAAUUUGUGUUCUUGUGUGGUUUUUUGGUUUUUGUUUUUUUUUUUUGUUAUGCAGGGUUUUGCCUUACACUUGGGUAACACUGACAUGUCUGAUUUGGUAUACAGUAUUUUAUGUAACAUUUAUUAAAUCAUUGAACUUUCAAAUUUUACCUUUUAAGAAACUCGCUGUGUUCUACAUAUUAGUGUACUGUUCUGUUGGAGGAAGAAUAAAAUAUGGAACAAAUGUUUCAUUAAAGAGAUACCAUUGUACAAAUUCA